CUACUUGCGGAAUAUGCUCCUGCGACAUUGAAUCGAUUGAAUUGAAUUGAGAAUUGAUCGAGCUUACGUCACGUAACUUCAGUGUGGUCUUUGUCUAGCGUAACUCACGCUGAUUAGCCCUAGUUCUGGGCAACUUUUCCUCAGAAUGGAUAUCUUUUUUGCUUUUGUUUUCACUCACAAAUUGUAAACUGAACUGUAUCGUCGCAAGUGUGCUGCUGGAUCAACAAACAACCAAGGCGGAACGAGAUCCACCUGACGCAGAUCAAUGGAGCCAGAAAGACAAGGCUCAGCAGAGCCAUGCUGUGAGCCCAUGAAAAAGUGCCGGAAACUUAAACCAUGUUGUAGUGAUGCUGGCAAACCAGAAAACAGUUUAAUGCAGGCAGAGAGACCGAACUCUCCAAUGGGCAGCUCUGUGUCCAUAAGCAGCAAUCAGUCAAGAGAGCUUCCGGUGGUCUUUGGGAAAGAGGAUAAAGACAGGUAUGAACACAGUUCAGUGCAGGCAGAGAGACCGUGCUCACCAAUGGGCAGCUCUGUGUCCAUAAGCAGCAAUCAGUCAAGAGAGCUUCCAGUGGUCUUUGGGAAAGAGGAUAAAGACAGGUAUGAACACAGUUUAAUGCAGGUAGAGAGACCAUGCUCACCAAUGGACAGCUCUGUGUCCAUAAGCAGCAAUCAGUCAAGAGAGCUUCCGGUGGUCUUUGGGAAAGUGUAUAAAGACAGGUCACAUGCAAGAAAACAAUGUCAGAGUUGUGAUGAGCUAAGGCCAACACUCCAUAAGUGCAGCACUGACUGUCAGCAUGCUGAAGUCCACAACAAACUUGUAUCAGAUCUGUGGGCAAUGGUUCACUGUUUAUGUGAGGGAAUAGAAAAACAGGGAAACCCAAUACUUCUCAGUGAGAUCUACACUGAGCUCUACAUCACAGAAGGUGGAGGUGGAGAGAUUAAUAGUGAACAUGAGGUCCGAUGGAUUGAAAAAGCCUCCAGGAAACCUGCAGCAGAAGACUUCAACCUUAAUGACAUUUUCACACCGUUACCUGGACAAGACCAGCCCAUCAGAACUGUGCUGACCAAAGGAGUCGCUGGCAUUGGAAAAACAGUCUCUGUGCAGAAGUUCAUUCUGGACUGGACUGAAGAAAAAGCAAAUCAGGAUGUCCAUCUCAUAUUUCCACUUCCUUUCAGAGAGCUCAAUUUGAUAAUGGACCAAACAUUAACUCUUAAAGAUCUUCUACAACUUUUCAUGGGCACAAAACAACUUGAAUUCUCUCCAAAUGAAGGUAAAAUCAUUUUCAUCUUUGAUGGUUUGGAUGAGUGUCGCCUGCCUCUGGAUUUUCAGAACAAUGUCAAGUUGUGUGAUGUGACUGAAUCAGCUUCAGUGGAUGUUUUGCUGACAAACCUUAUUGUUGGGAAUCUACUUUCCUCUGCUCUCAUCUGGAUCACUUCCAGACCAGCAGCAGCUGAUCUCAUUCCCUCUGAGUUUGUCCAUCGACUGACAGAGGUACGAGGCUUUAAUGACCCUCAGAAGGAGGAAUACUUCAGAAAGAGAUUCAAAGAUCAGAAUCUGGCCGACAGAAUCAUCUCACACCUGAAGUCAUCAAGGAGCCUCUACAUCAUGUGUCACAUCCCAGUGUUCUGCUGGAUCUCAGCCACUGUUCUAGAGAAGAUGUUGAGACAAGCAGAGAGUGAAGAGAUUCCCAAGACUCUCACUCAAAUGUACACACACUUCCUGAUCAUUCAGAUGAGAACUAUGCAUGAAAAAGCCUUCAAAAUGAAAGUGAAUGAUGAAAACAUAAUCCUCAAACUGGGGAAACUGGCUUUUCAGCACCUUAUGAAAGGCAAUGUGAUCUUCUAUGAAGAAGAUCUGAGAGAGUGUGGCAUUGACGUGACGGAAGCAUCAGUGUACUCAGGGUUGUGCACUGAGAUCUUCAGAGAGGAGUUUGGUUUGUGUCAGAGGAAAGUCUACUGCUUUGUCCAUCUGAGCAUUCAGGAACAUCUAGCAGCUGUGUAUGUGAUGUUUUCAUUCAGUGUGAAAAACCUUGAUGUUCUCAGUGAAUACCAGUCCUUAAAACAUGACGUUCAGUAUCCAGAAUGCUUCGGAAUCUACGAGAGGGCUGUGGAAGUGAGUUUGCAAAGUAAGAAUGGCCAUCUGGACCUCUUCCUUCGCUUCCUUCUGGGUCUCUCCUUAGAGUCCAAUCAGACUCUUCUUCAGUGCCUGCUGACACAAACACAAGCAACGUCUCACAAUACGGACAGAAUUAUCCAAUAUGUCAAAAGGAAGAUUAGAGAAGAUCUUUCUCCAGAGAAAUCCAUCAAUCUCUUUCACUGUCUGAAUGAACUAGGUGAUCAUACUCUGGAAAACGAAAUCCAAGACUAUCUGAGAUCUGGAACCAUCAGAGAUGCCAUUCUAUCUCCAUCACAGUGGUCAGCGCUGGUUUUUGUGUUGCUUACCUCAGAGAACUUGGAAGUGUUUGAGUUAAAAAAAUACAUCAGGGAUGAGUUCAACCAAAAACACCUCACGCAAGAUCAAGUUCUCCAUAAUCUUCUGCCUGUGGUUGAAUUGUCCAGAUCAGCUCAGCUUGGCUGUUGUAGUCUGUCAGAGAAUUGCUGUGCUGAUCUGGCAUCAGCUCUCAGCUCAGAAUCCUCUUGUUUGAGAGAAUUGAACUUAAACUUCAAUAAUCUGCAGAGUUCAGGUGUGAAGCUACUUUCUGUUGGACUGGGAAAUCCUCACUGCAAACUAGAAACAUUGUGGUUAUGGCGGUGUAGUCUCACACACGAAGGCUGUGCCUGUCUGGCUUCGGCCCUGAAUUCAAACCCUUCACAUUUGAGAGAGCUCGAUCUGUCUGAAAAUAACCUAGGAGAUCAAGGCAUAAAGCUCUUCUCUGAUGGACUAAAAAAUCCUCAAUGUAAACUGGAGACACUGAAGCUGAGAUUGUGUAACUUGUCAGAUAAAAGUUGUGCAGCUCUGACUUCAGCUCUGAAAUCAAACCUCUCACACCUGACAGAGCUGGAUCUGUCAGAGAAUGAAUUGGGCGAUGUAGGAGUCAACUUUCUCUCUGAUGGACUCAAGAAUCCUCUUUGUAAACUGGAGAUAUUAUGGCUUAGAGAUUGUGAUAUAACAGAUGAAGGUUGUGCUGCUCUGGCUUCAGCUUUGACAUCAAACCCUUCACACCUAAGAGAGCUGGAUCUGACUGAAAAUAAAAUCACAGUCAUGGGAGCAAACCUGCUCUCUGCUAUAAAAUUCAAUCCAAACUAUAAACUGGAGAAAUUAGAGUACGUUUGGAUUUAUCAUCAUCUAAUGGAUCAACUCAAGGUUGAAAAGCCCAGCUCAGAGCAGCAGGGGAGAUCACCAUCUCCAUGUCCCAGCCAUGAGUCCAUGAGGAGUGAUCACUCAAUGGGUCAUAGAGAGAAUUUAAAAGAAUCCAAAUCAGAGCAGCAGGGGAGAUCACCAUCUCCAUGUCCCACUCAUGAGUCCAUGAGGAGUGAUCACUCAAUGGGUCAUAGAGAGAAUUUAAAAGAAUCCAAAUCAGAGCAGCAAGGGAGAUCACCAUCUCCAUGUCCCACUCAUGAGUCCAUGAGGAGUGAUCAUUCAAUGGGUCAUAGAGAGAAUUUAAAAGAAUCCAGAUCAGAGCAGCAUGGAAGAUCAGCAUCUCCAUGUCCGAGCCAUGAGUCCAUGAGGAGUGAUCACUCAAUGGGUCACAGAGAGAAUUUAAAAGAAUCCAAUGCUGCUUCACCCCUUGAUAAAAUUCGAGAUGCAUUCCAAACAAAUUUAAAAAGCAGGUUUCAGUGUUUGCAUGAAGGGAUAUCAAAACACCGUAACCUUAUACCUCUCAAUGAGAUCUACACUGAGCUCUACAUAACAGAAGGUGGACAUGGAGAAGUCAAUAAUGAACAUGAGCUCAGAUGGAUUGAAACUGCAUUUAGGAGACCAAUGACAGAAGAUACAUCAAUUAGCCUGAAUGAAAUCUUCAAACCAUUACCUGGAAAAGAGCGACGCAUCAGAACUGUGCUGACUAAAGGAGUUGCUGGCAUUGGUAAAACCGUCUCUGUGCAGAAGUUCAUUCUGGACUGGGCUGAAGGGAAAGCAAAUCAGGACGUCCACCUCAUAUUUCCACUUCCUUUCAGAGAGCUCAAUUUGAUAAAGGAUGAAAAAAAAAGUCUUAAAGAUCUUCUACAGCUUUUCAUGGACACAGAACUGGAAAUCUCUUCCAGUGAAGUUAAAAUCAUUUUCAUCUUUGAUGGUUUGGAUGAGUGUCGUCUGUCUCUGGAUUUUCAGAACAAUAUGACCUUGUGUGAUGUAACUGAAUCUGCUUCAGUGGAUGUGCUGCUGACAAACCUCAUUGCGGGGAAUCUGCUUCCCUCUGCUCUCAUCUGGAUCACCUCCAGACCAGCAGCAGCUGAUCUCAUUCCCUCUGAGUGUGUCCAUCGACUGACAGAGGUACGAGGCUUCAAUGACCCUCAGAAGGAGGAAUACUUCAGGAAGAGAAUCAGAGAUGAGAGUCUGUCUGACAGAAUCAUCUCACACCUGAAGUCAUCAAGAAGCCUCUAUAUCAUGUGUCACAUCCCAGUGUUCUGCUGGAUCUCAGCCACUGUUCUAGAGAAGAUGUUGAGUCAAACAGAGAGUGGAGAGUUUCCCAAGACUCUUACUCAAAUGUACACACAAUUCCUGCUCAUUCAGAUGAGGACUAUGCAUGAAAAGGCCUAUAAUAAGAACAUUAAAGAUAUAGACAUGGUUCUUAAACUGGGUAAACUGGCUUUUCAGCAGCUGGAGAAAUGUAAUCAUUUUUACGAGGAAGAUCUUAGAAAAUGUGGCAUCAACGUGCAAGAAGCAUCUGUGUACUCAGGACUGUGCACUCAGAUCUUUAGAGAAGAAUCAGGGGUGUUUCAGGGGAAAGUCUAUUGUUUUGUUCAUCUGAGUGUCCAGGAACAUCUUGCAGCUUUAUAUGUGUACCUAUCCUUUGUGAAUCAAAACAUAAAUGUGAUAGACAAACCUAGACUUUUACCCAGCAUUCUGACUUGUUUUACACAAGUUUCAAUAUCAAUAUCUGACCUCUAUAAAAAAGCUGUAAAGAAAGCUCUUCAAAGUUCCAGUGGACAUCUGGACCUCUUUCUUCGCUUUCUAUUAGGCUUCUCACUGGAAUCAAAUCAGACUCUCUUACGAGGCCUACUGACGCAAACAGAAGACCACUCUGACAGCAAAGAGAGAAUUGUUAAGUUAAUUAAAAAGAUGAUCAAAGAAAAUCCUUCUUCAGAGAAAUCAAUCAAUCUGUUCCACUGCAUGAAUGAACUGAAUGAUCAUUCACUAGUGGAGGAAAUCCAGCAUUAUCUAAAAUCAGAGUCAAGAAUAAAUAACAAACUGACAGCCUCACAGUGGUCAGCAAUGGUCUUUGUAUUGCUGACCUCAGGGCAAAAUCUAGAUGUGUUUGAUUUAAAUGAAUACAUUGGGACACACGUCUUGCCAGAUGAAAGUCUUCAGAGGCUACAACCAGUGCUUGAAGCAUCCAGAACUGCCAAGCUUUGUAAGCAUAACCUGACAAGAAAAGGCAUUACCACUUUAGUUUCUGUUCUUUCCUCAAAGACGUCAUGCCUGAGAGAGUUAUACAUGACUAAAUGUAAUAUAAAUGAUUUAGGACUCAAGCUACUCUGUGCUGGACUGGAAAAUCCUCAAUGUCAGUUGGAAACACUGAAACUGGAGUUUUGUGGUGUUUCUGAUAAAGUUUGUGAUUUUCUGGCUUUGUCUCUGAGAUCAAACCCCUCACAUCUGAAAGAGCUAGAUCUGUCUGGAAAUAAAAUCACAAACUUUGGAUUGAAGAUUCUUUCUGCUGAAAUGCAGAAUCCCCUCUGUAAACUGGAGAAACUGUGGAUGAGACUUUGUCGUAUCACAGGUGAUGGUUGUGCAUCUCUGGCUUCAGUUCUGAAAUCAAACCCCUCACACCUGAAAGAGCUCAAUCUGUCUGGGAAUAAAUUGGAAGACUUGGGAAUGAAGAUCCUCGCUGAUGGACUGGAGAAUCCCCAUUGUAAACUGGAGAUACUGAGCCUGAGGGAUUGUGGUAUCAGUCAUGAAGGUUGUGCUGCUCUGGCUUCAGCUCUGAGAUCAAACCCCUCACACCUCAGAGAACUGGAUCUGUCUGGAAAUAAAUUUGGAGACACAGGAUUACAGAGGUUAUCUGAUGAUCUGGAGAAUUCUGACUGUAAUCUUGAGAUGCUCAGGUUGGACCAUUGUGAAGUCACUAAUGAGGGCUGUGCUGCUUUGGGUUCAGCUUUGAAAUCAAACCCCUCACACAUGAGAGAACUGGAUCUAGGUUGGAAUAAAAUAGGUGACUCAGGUGUGCAGGCACUUUUUGAUGCUUUGAAGAGUCCAAACUGUAAAUUGGAAAUUUUGCGACUGAGGGACUGCAAAAUUUCAGAGGAAGGUUGUACUGCUUUAGCUUCAACAUUGAGAUCAAACCCCUCACACUUAAGAGAGCUGGAUCUUUCUGAAAAUAAACUGAGAAGCUCAUGGGUGAAAAUGCUUUCUACUGCUCUUGAAAAGCCUGACUGCAAACUAGAGAUACUGCGUUUGGAAUACUGUGGUCUCACAGAUGAAGGUUGUGCUUUUCUGGCAUCAGCUUUGAGAUCGAACCCCUCACACCUGAGAGAACUGGAUCUGUACAUGAACAAUCUACAAGAUUCAGGAAGGCAGCAGUUCUCUGCUAUGAAGGAUGACCCAAACUAUAAACUGCAAACACUACAGUAUGGACAACAUCAUUAUUGUUAGAUACCCCUAGUAUUUAAAGAAAUACGCUUGUCUUAUUCUUCUGUCCUGAAAUGAUCCUUGUAUGUCUGUUGAAGUCUUUGUACUUUAGAAUGAGUUGAAUUUUGUAUGACUGAUAAGUUGACUCCACUCAGAUCAUCACUCAUGACUUUCUCCAGUGACUCUUGUUCAUACUACACUAACCACUGUCAGUUUUCCACAUCCUUCUUCAUGCCACAAGGACAUAAGCGACAGAAAAAUAAUGAGAUGGAUGUGAAACAUGGACUAUAUAGCCAUGUGUUGUAUUAAGUCCUCACAGCUAGUGAGCUACAUGCUAUUGCACUUUGACUUUACUGUUUAUUACAAUUAAUUAUAUUGUUUACUUUUUUUUUUUUUAACAUUUCUACAUUCUUGCUUUUGUAAGCUGCACUCAAAAGUUCAAUGGUCUCUUGUGUCUGUUAAUUUGUCAUAAAGGUAUGUGUGUUUAAUGUGAUCACAUUAAAAUUCAUGUAUAGAAAGUUGUAGGUCAAGACAAAAUUGCAUUGUAACGUAAUUUAGCAAACCUGUGAUUUUUUUUUUUUUUUAAAUACAAACCUACCACCAAUGUGUUCCAAAAAAAGUUACUUUACUGAAAUUUAGCCACCUCUGGUUUCUAAUUUCUACACCCAUUGUUUUUAUAGUGUACACAAAUCCAUAUAUUUCCACUAGAGGGAGAUGUUUACCAGUCUGUAAGAGUUUUAAAACCACUUCUGUCUUACAUAAGAGCAACUACACUCUCAGUAAAUUAUGUAAAAUUAUUUUAAACUGGUGUAAUCUUAGACAUGACUCAUUGAUGUUUAUUGUUUGCAAAGGAUUAGCAUCAUAAGAUAUGUAUAUAACAGGAUGAGCAGGUAUGUAUGGAUACAUUUAUGUGCUCUUUAUGACAGGUGCAUGUUGCCAACCUUAAGAAUGUGCGAGUUUAAUGUAAAGGUCAAAUGUACAUUAGCGUACCUUGUACAUCUUUCCGUUAUCGCAGAUACUUGUGUAAAUGUGAUAAGAAAAAUGCAGAAUAACAAUUUUGUAUAAAAAAAAAGUUCUGAAUGAAAUCAGCUAUAUGGA